AUGAGCCGCCCGCAUUCGUUCCUCGAUGCCCACGACUGGCCACUUCCUCCGGGGCGUCGCGAAAGUACCGUCUCGUCGUCCACCCAGUCCUCGGGAACUCUGAGCUUUACGUCCAAUCCUCCUUUCCCUCCGCCUAGUCCGGUCACCUCGUCGCCGGGAUCCCGGUCGAGGCAGCCGUCGUGUCAUUCUUUAUAUGAUGAGGUGGUUCGGCUGCCGUUUAGCCCUGCGGUGACUAUGUAUGUUUUGCCACAUUAUCUUGGAUAUCUGGUUGGUGUCUCAUAUAGCUCUGCUUAUAGUUCGUUUGUGCGACACAACAAAGUCUUUCGACUCCGAUAUCAAUAUGUCGACAUCCGCAAAGACUCGGGGGGCAGCUUGAAGUCGUUGGAGCUGGGCGGGGGUGUUGGCCAGCAAACUCCUUUCGUUCAUACCUGUGAGUGCAUCCUACCGAAGUAUUUUGGGAGUCACCAACUAACCGAUCAUCCCAUAGUUCACACGACGAGACUACCUGUCCCUCAUCUCGAACACCCCAAGCUACCAAACGAAGCAUCCCUUCGAAUAUCAUUUCUAGAAGAACAGACCGUUCAGACAGCACACACCGUUUUCAUGACCCAAAUAUCGUAUAUCUUCGAAGACUGGAACGGUAAGAGGAAUCCGGCCUUUACAGCGCCCCGUGCUAAUCUCCAGCACAGACUGCGUUCAGUUUCAAGAACUGAUCCUGGCAUCGAGGCUGGUCUUCAUUGCCGGGAUUGCAGAGGCAAAAUCCAAGGGCCGCGGGGAGGAAUGUAUCAGUCAGAAUUUACGCAUUUUGCAAGGACCGAAUGGCAAGCAGGUGAUAUUGCUGUUUGCCAAUUCGCAACGAAAGGAAUUUAA